AGGAAGAGAGGAAACAAAAGCAGAAGAAAGAGAAGGAGGAAAAACACAAGCUCUUAACAGAACAGACUGGUCCUACCACAGAACAUACUGGUCCUACCACAGAACAGACUGGUCCUACCACAGAACAUACUGGUCCUACCACAGAACAUACUGGUCCUACCACAGAACAUACUGGUCCUACCACAGAACAUACUGGUCCUACCACAGAACAGACUGGUCCUACCACAGAACAGACUGGUCCUACCACAGAACAUACUGGUCCUACCACAGAACAUACUGGUCCUACCACAGAACAUACUGGUCCUACCACAGAACAGACUGGUCCUACCACAGAACAUACUGGUCCUACCACAGAACAGACUGGUCCUGCCACAAAACAGAUUGGUCCUACCACAGAACAGACUGGUCCUACCACAGAACAGACUGGUCCUGCCACAGAACAGACUGGUCCUACCACAGAACAGACUGGUCCUACCACAGAACAGACUGGUCCUACCACAGAACAUACUGGUCCUACCACAGAACAUACUGGUCCUACCACAGAACAGACUGGUCCUACCACAGAACAGACAGAGAUGUCAGUUACUGGUCCUACCACAGAACAUACUGGUCCUACCACAGAACAUACUGGUCCUACCACAGAACAGACUGGUCCUACCACAGAACAUACUGGUCCUACUACAGAACAGACUGGUCCUACCACAGAACAGACAGAGAUGUCAGUUACUGGUCCUACCACAGAACAGACUGGUCCUACCACAGAACAGACAGCGAUAUCAGUUACUGGUCCUACCACAGAACCACAAACAGAGAUGUCAAUUACUGGCCGUACCACAGAACAGACGGAGAUGUCAGUUACUGGUUCUACCACAGAAAAGACAGAGAUGUCAGUUACUGGUCCUACCACAGAACAGACAGAGCCAGAGAUAGACUGGUUGUCUGCGCUCAGAUACCAUGCAGCCUCCCUCUCGCAGUCCGACCAACAGAACACAGCGGAGUCCUCUGAGAAAACUACAGAACCCAGAAGCUUCCAGCCUCUGGAGCCUCUGGUGUCUCCUGUGCCAGAGUUCCAUACACCCUCUGAAGAGAUCCUUACCCCACUGGGUCCGGCAGAGACCCCUACCCCACUGGGUCCGGCAGAGACCCCUACCCCACUGGGUCCGGCAGAGACCCCUACCCCACUGGGUCCGGCAGAGACCCUUACCCCACUGGGUCCGGCAGAGACCCCUACCCCACUGGGUCCGGCAGAGACCCUUACCCCACUGGGUCCGGCAGAGAUCCCUACCCCACUGGGUCCGGCAGAGACCCCUACCCUACUGGGUCCGGCAGAGACCCCUACCCCACUGGGUCCGGCAGAGGCAGCUACCCCAGUAAGACAGAAAGAGGAACAGGCAGAGGAGCCACCAGCCCAGGAAAAGGAGACCCCAGGACAUACAACUACCAUCAGACAGGACAGCGGAUCCUCCCUGACUGAGGCUGAGGAGAGGAGUGAGCCUCCCCCUGUCACCUCCUCUCCACCUUCUCCCACGUCUCCUGGACCAGUCUUCCAGUUCCCUCCUGCCCUCCCUACCUACCUUCAGGAAGACUUUCCCACCCCUCCUCCUACUCCUCCAGAGAGGCUGCCCCCAGAGCCCCAGUCUACUGAGCCCCACAUACCCCCUCCUGCACCCCCACAGGCUCCAGCAGAAGCCCCAGCAGCUCCGGCUUCCACACCAGCCCCAGCUUCUUCCCCAUUAGCCCCGGCUUCUUCCACACCAGCCCCAGCUUCUUCCCCAUUAGCCCCGGCUUCUUCCACACCAGCCCCAGCUUGUUCCCCACCAGCCCCAGCUUCUUCCCCACCAGCCCCGGCUUCCCCACCAGCCCCGGCAUCCCCACCAGCCCCGGCAUCCCCACCAGCCCCGGCUUCCCUACCUGCAGCCCUUGCAGCAGCCCCGGUUUUCCCGCCUCUACCUCUACCUCCACCCCAUGAGAGUCAGCACACUACCUUCACCACCCCUACAUUCUCUGAACCUCCGACAGAAGCCCCAGCCUCCCUACCUCGACCUCCACUCCCUGAGGAGGACACCACGUCCACCCCUGCAGCCUGUGACCCCUGUGACCCCUGUGACCCCUGUGACCCCUGUGACCCUACACCCAGGAGCUCAGACUCUGACGGAGCGUUCGAGACACCAGAGUCGACCACCCCUGUCAAGUCCCCCAAUGGAGAGACAGACCAUCAUACCCAGCUGCUGACCUCGGAAGACACCGGUCUUGGCUGUGACUCCGAGGCAGACGGUGAACCCGGGUCAGAGGCUAAAGGUCACCACGGUAGCUCCCUGUCCAUAGUCUUCGACGAGGACAAGCCCAUUGCCGCUAGCGGAGCCUAUAACCUAGACCAGCUCAUAGCUGCUGCUGCAGCUGCAGAGGCCCAGAGCCGAUCAACUCUAACCCGCUCUCUGAGCCUCCAGGCUGGGGAGCUAGACGGCUCCGACCCCCUAGACGGCGGAGGAUCUUCCAUUUCAAUCGGAGACUCCCGUCCCUUAGCUGAAUCCUUCAGUAUCGACGGUGGUACUGAGAGUGCUCCAGGGACCCUCCGCAGACCCUCCAAGAAGGGGCCUCUCCGCCCUGGCGGCUCUCUGAAAAAGAAGCCUCUCCUCAGGCAGAGCUCUAACCCAGAGAGCCCCCAACCUCCAUCCUCUGGUACCACACCAGAGCUGAAGAAGAGUGCCAGAACAGCUAGCCCCCUAUUGGACUCUGAGGACAAGGAAGUAGGAGGAGCCACAGCAGACUCUGGCCCUGCCUCGGCCACGCCCAGUCCAGGAGGCACGCUCCGCAGAACCAGGAAGCCACGCGUGGAAAGCCCCGCCCCUCUCAUUGAAGAGACCAAUCACACUAGCCCAGAGACAGAUAACCAACCAAUCCCAGCCCCUACUCCAAUUCCGUCCCAGGCCAUUUCCAUACCCCUCCGACAGGAGGAUACCCCCAUCCCAGCCAGCGAGGGCUCCUCUCCCAUCCCCCCUAGUGGGGCCUACAAAUGGGACCCAGACAACUUUGAGGACAUCGACCCAUUCAACACCGGAGGUAGUAAAGUCGCUAACUCCCCCCCACUGGGAAGGAAAGGAGUCGCUAACUCCCCCCCGUUGGUUAGGAAAGGAGUCGCUAACUCCCCCCCAUUGGUUAGGAAAGGAGGCGCUGCGUCCAUUGCUCCCAAAACUGUCACGCCUGUCUCUAACCCUAACCCUCCUCCUGUCUCCACUGAGGAAUCAGCUCGUCCCCCUACCAGCCCCCCUAUUCGCACCUCAGGGGCGGUCAGACUGGAGUUUGACUAUUCUGAGGAGACCCUCGAGGAGCCUCCUAAGGCCUCUCCACCACCCAAGAAGCUGGGCAGGAAACCAGGCUCCAAGAUGCCUCUAAGGAAGCCCAGGAUGGGCCUGAAGAAGGCCGUCCAGCUCCCAUCGGAACCCCUAGACAACACCCCCGUCACCGUCCCCGAUGAUGAUGACAUCCCCGUCCCUAAGGCCUCCUAUAACUUCGACCCCACCCAGUGGGACGACCCUAACUUCAACCCGUUCGGCACUAACAGCGAGAUCCCUAUCUCUCCCGAGCUGAACAAACCCUCCCAUAGAUUCGACUCUGACACCUUCGACGAGUCUGCUGCCUUCAAGUCCUCCUCCAAUAGUAUGGCUGCGUCUCCGCCCACGGCUGCCUCAGGCUCCGCCUCCUUUGAGGUGUCGGCCAAUGACAAUGAGGUUGAUAAUGAUAAUGAUAAUGUUAGUGAGCUGGAGGACCACAACCAGAACAAACCAUCCAAAACGAAGAAGAAACCUAUCAAAUCUAACACUUUCAGAGUCAAGAGGUCCCCAAAGAGGUCGCCCACGUCUGAUCCAUUAUCACAAGAGCCCACCCCAGUAGAUGAAGCCCAGCCUCCUAUCCCCCCGCUACAGGACGACCACGCCACAGACGAGGAGAAGCUGGCCUCUUCCUCCAAUCAUAAAGAGAAGCUUGCUUCCUCUGCCAAUCACAUGUGGGCAUCCAUGGAGGCGGAGCUAACCUCUGAGCCCCAGGAGGAUUUCCCGCAGCCAUCUGACCUCACAGCCUUCGUCAACGAGAACAAUCGAGUGCCAGACUAUGAGAUUGAGUACAUGGAGAAGAUCGGCCCCUCUUCGCCGACUAUGUUUGUGAAGAAACCUUCUACUCUCUACCUGAAGCUGGACUCUGUGACAGACAGCCUGACCAAGCCUAACCAUGGAUCAGAACUCAACUCUCCCUGCACAGGGAGUUUUGAGGAGAUGGAGGCCCAGAUCACAGCCCAGAUGAAGACUCCUGUGCUGGGCUCCAGACCCGGUCCAGAGGGGUCUCGACCCGGUCCGGAGGGGUCCACUGGCGCGAAGGAGAAAACCAGGAAGAGAGAGAGCCAGUCACUCAGCCGGACACAGAGCACAGACAUGGAGCAUGGAGCACUACCCACCCAGGGCCCUAUGGAGGUCCCAGGCCCAGCCCCUGGCCCAUCCCCAGACGCACCCUUCUUAGCCAGUCUGUCUGAGUGCCCUGACCCCCUGGCGUACCUGGAGGCUGUGGAGCCUGACCUGGCAGAGACCAACCCCACUGCCUUCGCCCUCAAACUACAGGAGGAACUGGUUCUAGCGGCUCUGAGGAUAGAGGCUCUGCAGGUAGCCAAACACCUCUCAGACAGCCACUCCCUCUCCACUGUCACCCCCCAGCAGAGAGACAGAGAAGUGAUGUCAUCAGUGAUGUCAUCAACACUGGACAGGGACAGCGCGGUGACCAAGAGUUCCAUCUACACCCGGACAGCGGGCUACGGAGAGGGGGAGAGCCCCUACCCACCCAAAGACGUGGAUCACUCCCUGGGCAUCGCACGAGAAGAGAUCGUGUCCAAGGAGAAGGAGGUACUGGAGUGGCAGAGGAAGUACGAGGACAGUCGACAGGAAGUGCUGGAGAUGAGGAGAAUCGUGGCAGAAUAUGAGAAGACCAUUGCACAAAUGAUUGGGCUGCCGGAUGAUGAGCAGAAGGAUAAGUCUCUGUCUCACCACACCAUCCAGCAGCUGAUCAUAGAGAAGGACCAGGCUCUUUCAGACCUCAACUCAGUGGAGAAGAGUCUGGCUGAACUGUUCAGACGAUAUGAGAAGCUGAAGGAUGUCCUCGAGGGCUACCGCAAGAAUGAGGAGGUGUUGAAGAAGUGUGCUCAGGAGUACCUGUCCAGGGUGAGGAAGGAGGAACAGCGUUACCAAGCCCUGAAGAUCCAUGCAGAGGAGAAACUAGACAGGGCGAACUCUGACAUCGCCCAGGUGAGGAUGAAGGCCCGUCAGGAGACAGCAGCGUACCAGGCCUCUCUCAGGAAGGAGACCAUGAAGGUGGACUCACUGGAGAGAACCCUGGAGCAGAAGAACAAAGAGAUCGAAGAGCUGACCAAGAUCUGUGACGAGCUGAUCGCCAAGAUGGGGAAGAGCUAGCAACGCUGCCAUGUCCAGCCCAUGUCUCCAGGGCCGGAGGGGAAGGAGAUAGAAGGACGAUGGAGUAAGAAGCGGAUGAGGUUUUCUCUUUUACUUCCAACUUUCCCCUGGACAGAUGGACAAGUGGACAGAUGGACAGUUGAAGCCAAAGUAGUCUCUGGAUUGGAUACACUACUGACUGACUGUGUACAUGUAUCUACUGGCCACAUCGCCCCCAGAGUAUUGGAGGGUCAAUGGCUUCCUCUGUUUCACCCUGUACAUUUUGAUGUGCCAAUGUAUACCACGUGUCCUGUAUCAGGGGUCCAGUGAAAGGGUUUUUAGAAAUGUACUCUAUAUCAUAAAUGAGAGAGAGAGAGAGAGAGAGAGUGUGUGGUGUGGGUGGGUGUGUGUGGGUGUGUAUGCACGCGUGUGCAACCCAGUCUCAUGAGCGUACAUGUAGAUCAUGAGACUGGGUCGGAGUUUGUGUGUGCGAGUGUUAGAGCGUGAUGGAGAGAAAGUUGAGCGCAUUGAAUUGAAGAUAGACUGAUAUGCGAUGCCGUGAAUGAUGAGAAAUACUGUUCCCUCUCCCAACUCCUGCUGAGUCUUCAAUUCUCAACACUAGAGAAUGAAAAGAAAAACAGAGAUGUAUUGAACUUAGAAUAAAUCAAUGAAUCGUUCAAAUAAUAAGAAAUAUACUUGAUAACUGCAUGUGGAAGUAGAAAAAUAUAAACGUCCUUUUUUUUUUUGUAAAUAGGAAAUCGUGCUGAUGAUUAUAAUAAAGAUACAACUUCAUUUUUGAUACAAUAUUCUGUUUAAAAUGGCUUCCCUGGAUUGUGUUAUCGUGUAGAUACUUUGCGAGGCGUAACUCAUGUCGUAGCUUUCUUGGAGAAAAAAAAUAUGUGAUGGGAUUGUAUUUUUUGAUUUUAUUUUAAUAUGAAUGAUGAUGAAAAGUAAUUUUUCCUGUAGUAGUCAGGUGUUGGGACUGAGAGCAUAAGCUAAGUAAUUACCUUUAACUGAUCGCUAUGUCACAGUCCUGCUAUAAUUUAUGUGUUCACGAGGUGGGAGCAAUUGGGGAAAAAAAAGAGUUCUGCACAGCUAACACAUCUGGGUUCAAAUGGAAUUUUCAGUGUUCGUUUCUGGCCUGGCCUUGAGUGCCAAAUGGGCGGAGUUUUGGGACUAUUUUAUUAAUCUGUUAAACCAGGCAAGGUCAAUCAAGCACAGGUUAAGUAAAUGAAUUGAUUUCUAAUAGGGUUUGAACCCAGGUCUGCACAGCUAUAGUGUACAGCAUCUGCUUACAACCUGAAAUAAAGAAUAACGAUAGAA